GAAUAUCAAUUUUUUCGAAAUUUGAUAUUUUUUCGUUAUGGUUCAUAGCAUUUUUGUUUCGUAUAAAAUGUUACACCUCUGAAACAAUUGAAAAUAUGCUGAAAGGAAAUUCUUGAAUCCAAACCUUUAAAUUAACAUGCUAUUUCUUCACAUUUAUCGUCACACAUCAUCAUGUCAGUGUUUGUUGCAGCUGGUCCUGCAGAAAUCUUACGAGCAGUUCAAAAAGACAGAAUACUUUUAGACUUAGUUGAAAAGCAAGUCGCAGAAUUAGUCCUUAAAAUUGGUGGUACUGCCGUUUGGCUCCGAUACAGACAAAUCGUUCAAGUAUGUUCCAGAUUUCUAUACUACUCGUUCACUACGUUAUCUGGUUUUCAGACGUUGGGAGAAGAAUAUACGAAUAUCGUGGAAGUGGAUGUUACAUUGAAACGCAUCCCUACGUUUUUGCAAAGAUUAUUGGUAGCUAUUGCUGAAUCAGCUGGGUUUACAUUUCUCGAAACUAUUUUGAAUAAGUUGCAUCGUAAAGUGAGCGAAAAUUGUCAUAUGCAAGAUGAUUUCAAGCGCAAGAUGCUUACAUGUAUUGAUGUAACCAAAUCCAUGUUACCAUUUUUAAUUCAUUUCCAUCAUGCCAUUUUCUAUUGGAACGGAACUUAUUACGAUAUGGUUAAAAGAAUCAUCGGAAUACGAUACAUUCGCUCCAAACCGUGGCUGUCCAAAGACAGUAAGUUAUACGGAUUCAAAAUAUUAUCGGCGAUUACAUUGUUACACUUAUCAAUAUCGGGAACGCAUUUCGUUCAUAAUUGGAUCACAAAACAUUCCGUAAAUGAAACACCUACUUAUACAGUUUCAAGUAAAAGCUCAUCUAAUUGUCCCUUGUGUUUGGAAUCUCGAACGAAUACAAGUUGUACUCCAUGCGGUCAUCUGUAUUGUUGGUAUUGUAUUUUAAACUGGUUACAAACCAAUAACCAAUGUCCUAUUUGUCGAGAUAUCAUCGAACCGAAUAGAAUUGUACCAUUAUUAAAUUAUUAUUAGACUGUGAUAUGUAUUUUUAGGUGUUGGUCAAUUUUUAAAAUCCAUUAUAAAUGUAUAAGUUUAUUAUUAAGUUAUAAUGAAAAAUAGGAACAUAUUUCUUGGUAACUGUACUUAUUUUUCAAUGUGUUGUUGAACGCUGCUAAUUUGGGUUUUAUGUUUAUCCCUUUAAAUUUAUGCCAAUCCAAAAAUAGAUUUAAUACUGCGCCUGAAAACAUAAGUAACAAUAUUUAACUUUUUAAAUUACCCAAGCUUUUUAAUGACACCUAGAUAUUGGGAGAAUAUUUACUUUGAAGUCUUUCGAGGUAAAAUGG